AUGGCUCAAAUGAGCCCACUGCCGGCUCACGACAGCCCGGCGGGCCCCAAAAGAAAGGGGACCCCCGACGAUGAUGUGUCCUCGGUGGAAGUAAGCGGACAAUUGUCUCCAGCCCAUUCGGUGAAAAACGCAGAUAUUCAAUCGGCCUUUGCACUCAUCGAUACGGGAGAGGAUCGUCGAGAGCUGGUGGUCAGCCACGGUGGCAACCUUACCUCCAUUGCCAGUAUUGUUCCUGCUGGCAGCACCUUUACGACGGGUGGCCGCCUUAGCCACACGCCUAACGAAUUCCAGCCACCUUAUUUCCCUCCACCUUACAGUUUGACUCAGCCACAGUUGGACUUCCAAUCCGAUCCUUACACACACCUCAGCAAUACUCUCAAUGCCACCACGCCGCAGCAGUACCACCACCAGUUGCACACGAAUCCUCGGAAUCUCUUCAAGAGAGAAGAGGAAGCCGCCCUGCACUUGCAGGCCAACAUGCUGCCCGUUUCGUACGCCGAUACGACCCGCAGGUCGGAUGUCACGUCUUACGCUCGGCGGCCGGACAUUUUGGUGCACUCACACACUAUCACAGAUCAAGACCUCAUUAACUUGCACAACGCAGGAGCUUUGCCCGUGCUGGAUGAUGGACAAACUUCUGGUGUUGAUGAUUCUGGUCUUUUCUCCUCAGAACACAACAGUGUCAUACGAAAAGGUAUCAAGCAGCGAACCAAUAACGAAAACAACCACAAGGACCUAAUGCUAUCUGGAAUAGCUUCAUCUCAGGACGUUUUCUGUUCUGUGCCUGGUCGCCUGUCUUUGCUCAGUUCCACAUCCAAGUACAAAGUUACCGUUGGGGAGGUCCAGAGGAGGCUAUCCCCGCCCGAAUGCCUAAACGCUUCCUUACUAGGCGGAGUUCUUAGGAGGGCGAAAUCAAAAAAUGGCGGUCGUUCUUUACGUGAAAAAUUAGACAAGAUUGGCCUCAACUUGCCCGCUGGUCGACGGAAAGCAGCCAAUGUCACCUUGCUUACAUCCCUUGUCGAAGGAGAAGCCAUACAUUUAGCGAGAGAUUUCGGUUACGUGUGUGACACAGAAUUCCCAUCCAGGCAGGUAGCGGAAUACUUGUCAAGGAACUACACAGAUCCUGCUAUAGUAUAUAAAAGGAAACAAGAAUUAAUAGACACUAGGUAA